AUAUUGAAAUUUAAUCCUUCGUCCCAAAACUAGCAAGUGUAGAGAAUAGCAGCUCCAUAAAGUGAAGCCCACAAAAUAACUGAAUUGAGUGUCACGAGUUUGAAACCACACGUGAUUUAUGGAGGCUAUUUUUUGGUAGCAGCAACAAAAUCUGACCCCCACAAAAAACAUGCCUCCAAUUGAAUUGAAGCUGCAUGAAUAAUCCUCACAAGGCUUCAAAAACACACAACAUGGCAACUAAUUAUGCAUUGGCUCUCUCAACUCCGAAGCCAUUCAUCACUUGCCUCAAGCAAUCAUCAUUUCAUUGCAGAUUAGCGGCAAUCAAUAAUAUUCCAAAAUCUUGUGACCAGAAACAUGUCAUUUUUUCAAAUCCAAACUCGAAUUUCAGCAGCAGAAACCUCGUACACAGCAGCAGGAGAUUGUCCGAUUUCAAGCUCAGAUCGGCAGCUCUUCCAGAGAGUCGAAGCGAGCGGGCGAAAGCCGACAAAUUGCUCAGGACAUUGCAGCUUGCAGCCAUGUUUGCUGUCUGGUAUUUGUUGAAUAUAUACUUCAACAUCUUCAAUAAACAGGUGUUGAAGGUUUACCACUUUCCGGCAACAUUAACGGCCUUUCAGUUCGGUUGUGGGACAGUUAUUAUACUUCUAAUGUGGGGCUUCAAUCUUUACCCUAAACCCAAAAUCAACAAGUCCCAGUUCCUACAAAUAUUUCUACUUGCUGUGGGGCACACCUUAGGAAACCUUUUAACGAACAUCAGUUUAGGGAAAGUGGCAGUUUCAUUCACACACACCAUCAAGGCAAUGGAGCCCUUCUUCACUGUCUUGCUCUCUGUCCUUUUCUUCGGUGAGAGGCCCUCUCCGUGGGUUGUUUCUUCUCUCGUUCCCAUCGUUGGUGGUGUGGCAUUGGCAUCAUGCACUGAAGUCUCCUUCAACUGGAUAGGUUUUGGCACUGCAAUGGCUUCCAAUGUCACCAACCAGACGCGUAACGUGUUUAGCAAAAAACUAAUGCGCAAGAACGAGGAAGGCUUGGAUAACGUCAAUCUCUUCUCCAUCAUAACAAUCAUAUCGUUCUUGUUUCUUCUACCUGCUGCCAUUAUCAUGGAAGGUGUCAAGUUCGGCCCUUCAUACUUCCAAUAUGCUGCAAGUGAAGGUUUGAAUGUGAAGGAGUUGUGUGUGAGAGCUCUUCUAUCUGGUUUGUGCUUCCAUUCUUACCAGCAGGUUUCUUACUAUAUACUAGGAAUGGUGAAUCCGGUGACACACGCAGUCGGAAACAGUGUGAAGAGAGUGGCGGUGAUCGUGUCCUCAGUCAUCUUCUUCCGAACACCUGUCUCACUCGUAAAUUCUUUAGGAACUGCUUUGGCUCUCGCCGGAGUCUUCUUGUAUUCCAGAGCAAAGAAGAUGAAGCCAAAAGCUGCUUAAAUUGAAGAUAUUGAUAGAAAGUAUCAAUAGAUUCCAGAUGAUGAUGAACAGACCACAAAUAAAACUGCAAGAUUUGGUUGCAGGCUCAAUUUUCGCCGGCAGUUCGUGACAUUCCCACUAGGGUUCAUACUCAUUAAAGAAUAACACAAUCCAAAUAGAUAUAUAGGCUAUAUAUCUUUUUUACUUGUGUACAUAAUCUAAUGUGUACAUGCAUACAAAAACAUAAUAUCAGUAAUAAAAUACCAAUCAUUAGAUA